AUGUUUAUCUGCGCGGCUCUUGGACGCAAAGGUCCGACUUCCACCCACCCCUGCUACUGCUGCACCAGUCAAGUGGAGCAGCAGUUAGUUCUGAAACGAAUUGACCGAGAUUCUGCAGAAUUAGCUCUUCAAGAUUCGUUGGAAUAUGAGAAUAACAUGGUCAACAUGUUCUGUGAAGAUGAGCGGGAAGUGAGAGCUGUCUACGACACUUGGGCGAGCAUUGAAAAGAGUAGAAGACUCGUAAGACCAGCCCAUGGAAAGUGUGAUGCUAUAACUUGUCUUCUUUAUGAGCUACGAAGGAAAGAUUACACGAGACAAUUGAAGUCUUGUGUGUGCAGCAAAUGUGAUCAGGUGGUUCAUUUCGAGUGUUUUGGAGCUGUCACCACCGAACGGAAACUAUGUCUUGAAGAUAAUCCGAAAGAAGCAAUUUGCUACGGCUGUGCUGAUAAGAAUUAGCUUGGCCACAUCAUCAAAAAUUCUGACCGAUUUGAUGGAAGUGGAGCAGAAAAAGCGCACUUCUUUGGAAAAUGUUGAACUCAUCGAGCGCAGUUUGGCUGACAUUCGAAGUGGAAGUUCAUCUGAAGACCCGCACAGAAAAGCUUUCGAUAAGAUCAUUUAUGGAGAUCUGAAACUUGUUCGAAAGUCGUACCACGGGGGUUGCUUUACUGGAAACGACAUCAAAAUGUUGCUCCGGACGGAGAACACCCUCGCCGGCCGCACCUUUUCCGUUCUAGUAAAUUCCGCAUCCGACCCAUUCAAACACCCGAUCCCUUCUGGUGUUCCCCAAGGCACAGUCUCUGGUCCCCUCCUCUUCCUCAUCUACAUUAAUGAUCCACUGCUCAGACUUGACGGACUUGUCCACUUCACCGCAUUCGCCGACGACAUCAACAUCUUCUCCGUCCGCUGUACAGUGUGCUAUUGA